CCACAGAGGCAGGGGGAGAACGAGCGUGACUGGAAACGUUAAAAGAGGAUAAGAGAAAGCAGCUGAAGUCUUUUUGAUUUUAAGACGGAGAAUAUACUAUAGAAAUGUCUCCUUCCUUUCAUGGGAAUCUGGGAACUCGUGUGAAGAGAGAGGCUCUGUGGAAAGAUGUGAGAGCUGUUGGCAGGGUGGAAAUCUGAGGAAGAAACACAGAAAAGGUUCAGUCGGGCUCUGGAAACCAGUCCAGCAGGUCUUUGAGUCAAAAGAGGGUUGAAGAACCCCCUUAGAAAAAGGAGUGAUGUCUUGGCUGUCACCUGUGUCAUGGGCCAAAUGGACGUGGACGGCUGUGAGGGGGGUAGAGGGAGAGGAGGAUGAAGAGGGGCAAGAGGCCAGCGUGGAGAGGGAACAACGUGAAGAAGAAGAGGAGGAGGAGGAGAGAUCUCAAGGCGGCAGCUCUGACUCAGAGGGUCAUUUUGAAACUCCUGAAGCAGCAACUCCUGUCCGCGCCCCUCCGACCUUCCCAGGAGAGCUGGAGAACAACAACACUGAUGCAGACAAAGCAGAUGUGGAUCAGGAUGAGCAGUUGAUAGUGACUGCCCCUAUUUGGGAUCAGGAUAUUUUGCUCCGCCACAACAUGGGUCAAGAUGAGCCUGCAGUCCCCAUGGGUGCACCACUGGAGGUAAACAUCCAGACCCUGGAAACAGAACAAAUAGAGAAUCUUCCAGAAGUCUUGGGCUCUGUGCCUGUCCUUGCUCCAUCCUCAUUGAAGGAAAUUGUUGACGUGGAAUACACAGCUCCGUCCACAGAGCCAUCCCAAGCCCCAGUCCCCAUCCUAGUUGAAGAUCCUGUCCUGGAUGUGGCUCCAGUUCAAGCUCCAGCUCUGCCUCUUGCCCCAGAACCAGACUCAGUCCUUAUCAGUGAACCUGCAGUCAGUCAUGCUCCAGAGCCCCUUGAGCAUAAAGCGCUUGCUGAACCAGAACCACAGUGCACUGGCCUGGACCAGACAGAGCCUACUCAAAAGACGAAAACCAGCAAGUCUAAGCCUCCACCUCUGGAGGUAAAGGCCUCGCUGAACGAGCUUGCCCAAACAAAUGAUGAACAAGAACUUCCUGUUCCCCAGGCCACUUACAAAUUUGACCCUGACCAGCUGGAUGACAGCUUUAACCCCUUCAUGUGCGGCGGAUCCAAAAUCCAGAACUCUCCCCCACCCUUUGGUUCAAGCGCUCUCCCCAGACUCGAACCACUCGGUAGCUCCUUGCCUGUGUGUGAGGCCAGCUCAGCAGCACCAGCAGAAGCAGAGAUGAUGGAGUCAUCGUCAGAGGCCAAGUCUGUGAUGCUGGAGUUCGGUCUCGACGAGGGGAUCGUCAGCAAGCCACCUCCCAGGAAAUUAGGUGGUAAAAAAACAAUCAGCAAACUCGCAGCUAAGAGGCAGAAAGCCAAAGAAUCUGAACCCACAAUCUCAGAAACAGAUUCUCAGCUUCUUACCAGUGAACCUGCAGUCAGUCAUGCUCCAGAGCCCCCUGAGCACAAACCGCUUGCUGAACCAGAACCACAGUGCAAUGGCCUGGACCAGACAGAGCCUACUCAAAAGACGAAAACCAGCAAGUCUAAGCCUCCACCUCUGGAGGUAAAGGCCUCGCUGAACGAGCUUGCCCAAACAAAUGAUGAACAAGAAAUUCCUGUUCCCAUGGCCACUUACAAAUUUGACCCUGACCAGCUGGAUGACAGCUUUAACCCCUUCAUGUGCGGCGGAUCCAAAAUCCAGAACUCUCCCCCGCCCUUCGGUUCAAGCGCUCUCCCCAGACUGGAGCCACUCGGUAGCUCCUUGCCUGUGUGUGAGGCCAGCCAAGCAGCUCCAGCAGAAGCAGAGAUGAUGGAGUCAUCGUCAGAGGCCAAGCCUGUGAUGCUGGAGUUUGGUCUCGACGAGGGGAUCGUCAGCAAGCCACCUCCCAGGAAGUUAGGUGGUAAAAAAACAAUCAGCAAACUCGCAGCUAAGAGGCAGAAAGCCAAAGAAUCUGAACCCACAAUCUCAGAAACAGAUUCUCAACCAGUGUCAGAACCAGUUUCUCAGCUUCUUACCAGUGAACCUGCAGUCAGUCAUGCUCCAGAGCCCCCUGAGCACAAACCGCUUGCUGAACCAGAACCACAGUGCAAUGGCCUGGACCAGACAGAGCCUACUCAAAAGACGAAAACCAGCAAGUCUAAGCCUCCACCUCUGGAGGUAAAGGCCUCGCUGAACGAGCUUGCCCAAACAAAUGAUGAACAAGAAAUUCCUGUUCCCAUGGCCACUUACAAAUUUGACCCUGACCAGCUGGAUGACAGCUUUAACCCCUUCAUGUGCGGCGGAUCCAAAAUCCAGAACUCUCCCCCACCCUUUGGUUCAAGCGCUCUCCCCAGACUCGAACCACUCGGUAGCUCCUUGCCUGUGUGUGAGGCCAGCUCAGCAGCACCAGCAGAAGCAGAGAUGAUGGAGUCAUCGUCAGAGGCCAAGUCUGUGAUGCUGGAGUUCGGUCUCGACGAGGGGAUCGUCAGCAAGCCACCUCCCAGGAAGUUAGGUGGUAAAAAAACAAUCAGCAAACUCACAGCUAAGAGGCAGAAAGCCAAAGAAUCUGAGCCUCCGUGCAAACCUGCAUCAGAACCCACAAUCUCAGAAACAGAUUCUCAACAAGUGUCAGAACCAGUUUCUCAGCCCCUUACCAGUGAACCUGCAGUCAGUCAUGCUCCAGAGCCCCCUGAGCAUAAAGCGCUUGCUGAACCAGAACCACAGUGCACUGGCCUGGACCAGACAGAGCCUACUCAAAAGACUAAAACCAGCAAGUCUAAGCCUCCACCUCUGGAGGUAAAGGCCUCGCUGAACGAGCUUGCCCAAACAAAUGAGGAACAAGAACUUCCUGUUCCCAUGGCCACUUACAAAUUUGACCCUGACCAGCUGGAUGACAGCUUUAACCCCUUCAUGUGUGGCGGAUCCAAAAUCCAGAACUCUCCCCCACCCUUUGGUUCAAGCGCUCUCCCCAGACUGGAGCCACUCGGUAGCUCCUUGCCUGUGUGUGAGGCCAGCUCAGCAGCUCCAGCAGAAGCAGAGAUGACGGAGUCAUCGUCAGAGGCCAAGUCUGUGAUGCUGGAGUUCGGCCUCGACGAGGGGAUCGUCAGCAAGCCACCUCCCAGGAAAUUAGGUGGUAAAAAAAAAAUCAGCAAACUCACAGCUAAGAGGCAGAAAGCCAAAGAAUCUGAACCCACAAUCUCAGAAACAGAUUCUCAACCAGUGUCAGAACCAGUUUCUCAACCAGCAUUAGAACCAGUUGCAGAUCUUCUUCCAGAAACUCCUUUGCCCGUUUCAGACUCUGCUGCCCCUCUGGACCUUGAUGAUAUUCCUAUUCCUAAAUCGGGAACAUAUAACUUUGAUCCAAAUCAGUGGGACGACCCAAACUUCAAUCCGUUUGGUAGCAAUAGUGCGUUGAGCAGCUCUCCGGGGCUCCCGAAGAGCUCCAACAGUUUUGAUCCAGACAAUUUUGAUGACACUGUGGAUCCUUUUAAACCCUCAAAAUCCAUGAGCACCGAGGACUCGUCCAGUAGCGCCCCUCAGCCGGAGAAAAAAGGGAAAGACGAAGGCAAACAGAAAGCAGGGCCCCCGGCGGAGGAGAAAAAAGUGAGGCAGAUUCCCAAGAAAAGCAAAGAGAAGACAAUCACGAAUUCCUGUAAAGCGCAGAAAUAUGAUGAGAGCCAGUCCUUGGUGCUUGACGUUUGCAGUCAGGAGGAGGAUGAGGUGGUGGCUCACACCCCAGAGAUCACUCAGCGGGUUCAUCACGCCACUGAUGAGGAGAAGCUUGCCUCCACUGGCAUUAAGGUGCAGACAACAGACAGCGAGGAGGAGAGAGGAGAACCUGAACGCAAAAAAGCACCUCCGAAGAAACAUCCAAUCGAUGAUAUUUCUGUUAUGGAUGGUCCUGACAGUAAGAUUACAGAUCACAAGGUGGAGAAGGACACCUGCAGUCUGAAAGAAGAUAUGAGUGAGAUAUCUAUGAACCAAACAACAAAGAUGGCCAGCAGUGAGAUCCAAGACCCAGCAGCCCUGUCCCAGGACAACAUAUCUCUGAGUGAGAUGGACAAGGCAGCAGUGCUCACCAUGAUCAGAGAAGAGAUUAUCACUAAAGAGAUUGAGGUCAAUGAGUGGAAGAGGAAGUAUGAGGAGAGCAGAACUGAGGUUUUGGAGAUGAGGACAAUAGUUGCAGAGUAUGAGAAAACAGUUGCACAGAUGAUUGAGGACGAGCAGCAGCAGAAGUCCCUGUCCUGCAGUAAAUCAGUAAGGCAGUUAACUGCAGAGAGGGAUCAGGCCAUAGCCGACCUCAACUCUGUGGAGCGCUCCUUCGCUGACCUCUUCAGGAGGUAUGAGAACUUGAAGGGAGUCCUGGAGGGCUUCAAGAAGAAUGAGGAGGUGCUGAAGAAGUGCGCACAGGACUACCUGAUGAGGAUCAAGCAGGAGGAGCAGCGAUACCAAACCCUUAAGAUCCAUGCCGAGGAGAAACUGGACAAGGCUAAUGAGGACAUAGCCCAGGUACGUGCCAAGGCCAGCUCUGAGAGUGUGGCACUUAACGCCAGCCUGAGGAAGGAGCAGAUGAAGGUGGACUCACUUGAAAGAGCUGUCCUUCAAAAGAAUCAAGAGAUCGAGGAGCUCACUAAGAUUUGCGAUGAACUGAUCGCCAAAAUGGGAACAGAAUAAGAGGCCUUUAAUCAAGAUGUCACUGCAACAACGAUGUAAAUACUGUACAUGUUCAUAAGCACACUUCAACCUUUUUCUCUUUCCCUGCGUACAUGUUUUUGAAAAAAACUAAAAACAUUUAAAACACAGACGGUUACUCUCUCCAGACUGACAUAUGAACACAAAGCAAUAAUUUCUCAUAGUGUCAAUCAUGUCACGGCAGUUGUAGAAGCACAAAUUUAUCAUGAGGUGUAUUUUAAAUACUUUAAAGGAGAUUUAUUGAUCUUUGGUUAAGGAUUUACAUUAAAGCCUAAUUUUAUUGUUCAAAGAUUCAUCCGUUUUUUAACUGUCGAUCCCCUUCUUUGAAGUUUGUGUGCAUUUGUUCUAUGACAAAGAAUUACCAUUUCCGUUUCAUACAGGGUGUUGAGCACAAAACUGAAAGAAAUAACGUGGGAACUAAGUGAAAGACCAUGUAAGCACACAGAACAGACAUGUUUUAGCACAGUGUGUCUACACUGUAAUUACAGGUAUGAUAAACAACAAUUUCCUAAAAAAAUAAAAUAAUAUAUAUAUGUAUACAAAUAAAUAAAUAGACUGACAAAAAUAAUCCCUCUGAACCAUCACUUGUGAACCAUUAGAAGUGUAUCGCAGUGUCUAUACCUGCAGAGACCCUGCUCUCUGCCUGCAUUUUCUCUUAUUGUCUUAGUUUGCUCUUUUGGGCUUCAGCAAAGAGUUUUUGGACCCCACAUUGGAGAUGUAACCCCCAGCCAAUAAUCAGGAUGUGGGGCCUGUUCUCAUUUUUCCAGUUUUGUCAUGGCCCUUGGCACACCAAGACAGGUGUGCCAAGACAGAGCCACAGACAGGCCACUAUCCAGCACCUUCCCACAGGUGUGUGAGGAGAUGCAGAUGUGUUUAGCAAUCAGAAAAUGAUAUUACAUUUUUCUAAUUCACGACUUAGUUCUCGCUAACGGCGGUCCCUCUCUUCGUUCACCAUCUGGGCUCUCUCUCGCUCGACCAUUGAGCCAGAGACAAGGAGCAAAUUUUGAAUGCUGUGUAAACUAACAGCAACCGCCAAUGUGACUACGUAUUAUACCUUUAACUGUGUUGAUAAUACAGUCUUCAGUAAGGACAUGUAUCUUUUGAGUGACUAAACUGGUCCUCAUGUAUUAGUUUCCUGCCUAAAGAUAUGUCUUGCUGCCAUUUCUUUUGUGAUACAGACAGUUUAGUUCUGUUGAUUAUCUUCAUUCAUCAGCAAAUUAACUAUAAAGUAGUAAUAUUACUUCUUAAACUUCUUAAGUUGCCUUUGAGUUUCUUCGUCUGUGUUUCACCCUGCAAGUGUGUGGUGAAGUCCUCAGUUAUGCAGUUAAACCAGAGUUUUUAAAUCAUUUACAUUUUGCCUACCAUAAAACUCUGGGAUUGUUAAUACAAAGAGCACUUAAGAGAAUCUUAAAUUCUGUUCCAUAAUAUCAUAUUAAUUUGAUGAUAGUUUGAUGGUGAUGGGUGGAGAAACUUUGGUAAAAACGUUGCUCUUAUUAUUAUACUGUAAUAUUAAACCACUUUCUUGCUCUGCGCUAGAAUGAGGAAAAGUUAGAAACAUUCUGUUGUUGCCAUGUAGAUAUUUUUGGACUGUAUUCAUAUUUUGUGUGAGCCCAAAUGUUGCUGGUGUGCCUUUAUUUUGUCUAUUUUGUAAAAAAAAAAAAAAAGUUUUCUUGGUUCCUUCAUGCAGUUGUUUCCAAACUCUUUGGCCAAAGUGUGUUGUAUACAGUAUAAAUAUUUUAUGAUCAAAAACAUCCUGAACAACAGUGAGUUAUAAGGAUUUUUCUGGUAAGGUGAAAGUCUGUGAUGUGUGUGUGUGGCAAGCAGGGAGUUGAUCAUUGAAAUAUAUAACAAUAAUAAUAUCCUCAUUGCUAACAUCAGCACUGGUUUAAUUGAACUUGAAAGAACGCACAAGUGCAUUUUCAGUCAGAUGUGUUUCAGAUAUAAAAGACGGAUUCUUCUGUGGAAGCCUUGUUUCACGUCAGCACACUCAAUCGCCCUGUGUCCUUUUGUAGUGGUGUUGCAUUAGUCUGAAGGUGCUUUUUGAUGCAAAUACAUUGUUAAAGUACAAUAUGUGUAAAUUUUAUACUUUAUGAAAAGAAUAUUGUUCUUAAUAUUUGUAAAAUUAAAGAAUUAAGUAUACCCAGAUUGUAUGUUAACGGCUAUAUUUUGUGCAUU